AUGGUUCUUUUGCACUUGCUGGUUGAAAGUUGGCGCUUGCAAGAAGCGCAUUGUUGUUUGAGGCAAGAGAUGCUUAACCGAAGUGUGAGGCCAAAUGCGGCUAUCUAUACCUCUUCACUCAAGGCCUUGAGAGGAGCACAUGGUUCGGUCAGUCGUUGCAGGGAUCUCAUCGGAGACAUGCUCUCAAGGAGGUUGAUGCCUACCACUGUUGUUCUAAAUGCCGCCAUUGGCGUUGCAAGCGCCCUUUCCGCCUGGGAAGAGGCCUUGUCCUACAAUUCAUUGGCGAAGGAGUUUUCUCUGGAACCUGACCUCUUCACGCUUAGCUCCAGCAUGAGUGCUUGCACGCGUGGCUCAGCAUGGAGAGCUGCCAUUCAGCUUUUUCAGCAGUCUGAUCUGGCUUCGAACACGGUUACCGACAAUGCCGCGAUAAGUGCAUUUGCCGCCGGCGGAGACUGGCAGGGUGCCCUGGCGAUGCUAAGCCAUAUGGAUGAUGCAGACGACAUCUCGUGCUUGUCGCAGUGA